AUGGCGGCUUCCGAGAGGAUGGAAGCUGUUGCUCAGGUCCAGGCGGCCGCUUCUUCUGAGACGCUUUUAUACCGACAGCCCGAGGAGAGCCUGUCCACGCUGGUGACUGAAGUCGGCUGCAGGGAGCUAGAGGAACCGCCGGGGGUUGUGGCCGGAGAAGGCCCGAGAAAGCUGCUGGACGAGACGCCUCCUCCACCCCUUGGAAAUGAGGCGGGGAGGGGUGACGCCGAGGCUGCUGUAACCUCGCAGCGGAAUGGGGCUUUUCCGUCGCCAGCCCAGGACAACAACACCUUGGCGCCGCCUCCGCCUCGUCCUACCCUGGGUGAAGGCUUCAGCUUGGCGGCUUCCGCCUCGCCUUCGGGGCCCCUGCCGCCGCUGUCUAGUAUCCUGCACAACGCGGCUCAGCAGCUGCAGAGCGUGGCCCAGCGGGUCGCCCUCCAGCAGGGCAAAUCUGCCGCGGCGCCUGUUGCCCCCACCAGGCUCCUUCCGCCCAAGCAAUUGGAAGCUAUCUGUGUUCAAGUAGAGUCUGAACAGAAAAAAGGGAAAGAAAGGUCAGCACUAUCUCCUGCAACAGUUCUGUCUAAAAAUGUUACCGUGGCUCAGACAGCUGUGAAGAAUUCCAGGAUUUUAGGACUCAAUGUCAUCAAUCCCCAAAUUAUUCAGUUAAAGCCAGUUGCAGGAACUGGGUCACAGCAAUUUUUCUUAUGUAAUUCUUCUGAACCUACAGUUCAGCUACUUCUGCAGCGCCCUUUACAUCCCCUUGGACAAGUAUCUGUAGGUAAGCUAACAACACAUGGACUACUACACGGACAGAAAAACAAAUCUGUAGCUGCAGCAGAUUCUCCAAAUGUUGCUCUGGUUUCAGCUUGUUCAGCAAACUCAUUAAUAAACCAAGAGAAGAAGCAAGAAGAGCAAAAGGUUAAAAAAUCCCUCAAGGUGAAAACCCGUUCUGGACGGAUUUCACGACCUCCAAAAUAUAAAGCUAAGGAUUACAAAUUCAUUAAAACUGAAGACUUGGCUGACUGCCACAAGUCUGAUUCUGAUGACUAUUCUGAGCUAAAUUUGGAAGAUGAUGAAGGUGGUGAGGAGAAGGAAGUGUGUUCAUUAUUUGAUCCUUUGAAUUAUGAUCUGAGGCCAAAAUUGUUUAAAUGUCAACGUUGUGAAAAAUCCUACAUAGGAAAAGGAGGAUUAGCACGGCACUAUAAACUUAAUCCAGACCAUGGGCAGCAAGAACUUUCACCAUCUUCUGUAAAUGGGAUGCCACUGCUGGAGUAUACUGGGAAGUCUGAUACAUCUGCAGAAGAUAGAAAGUCUGCAGAACAACAAAAUACCCAUUUACUCCACUCUGGUCAUGGAAGACCCAAGCGACCAAGAAGGCGUGGCCGACCAAAGAUGUGUAAAAGAUCAAGGUAUUCUGGAACGUUUAGCAGGCCUGGUCAGUUCCCUUCCAAGUCUCUUAAUAUGUCAGCAGAGCACCACAAUGUAUUUAGAAGGAAAGCUAAUGUAAAAGAGCUGAUUCAGCAAUGUCGCAAUGAAGAUUUCAUGGAGCUGGCUGUUCCACGCUUUACAACACUUGUUACUGUAUUUGAUUUCCUACUGAUGAAGGCAAGGAAAAAAUGUCCAGCAAAAGUGCUCCUUCCAGAUAUAUACCGGGAAUUUGAAGAGCUACAUGCUAUAAUAAAGAAAAUGUGCCAAGACUAUUUCAGCAGUCCUGAAUUGAAGGAGCCUUUGGAAAUAAAAGACCCCAAGCUUGCUGAAUCACUAGGAAUUACAAAGAGUUCUUUUGCAGUACAAAAGACUCAAGCAGACUCUUCUCCUGGGUGUAUUAAAACUACUGGUGGGCAUGUAUUUACAGAAAUUUCAGGACAGAAACGAGUACCUGAGAGUUCAAGUGAAAUGUUGCCAUUUGCAAAGAAGACUAGAGUGGAAAAUUUGUUGGAGAAUGUGAAUAUCGAUUACUCAAAUGAUAGCGGAAUAAAGGAAAUAAGUCCUACGUAUGAAGAGUGCAGCUGUGCAGCAAAUACUUGCUGUGGAAAUAUAAUAUGGGGAAAGGAGCAACAUGAAUCUCUUGAAAUAGAAGUGGCAAAUGAUAGACUAGCUCUGGAUUUACACAAUUGCACACAAGUGAGUCUUGAGAGCUUGCAAACUUCAAGUACAGCAGACUGCCUAACCUCACAAGGUGAAACAUUGUCAACUAUUGGCGAAGGAAGUUUACAAGAAGAGCUCAUACAAGGAAACUUAAGUUGGAAUACAGCAAAAUGAAUCUUGAGUUCUAUAAACCCCUAGCUUCGGAAAAAUGUUGUCAGAAUCCUACCUGGUCAGAGCAUGAAGAAAAUGAUGGUGAAAAACGUCAAGAUCAGGGAAAAGAAAAUAACUUGACAAAACUGUUGAACACCCUAAGAGUUCUUGAGUGACACAAAAUCUUCUCCAACACUAUGGGAAUAGGUCAGACAUUUGGGUCUCAGCUGGAGAGCUUUUCAUAUAAAAGCUUAGAAAAAUCUUUGCCGGUCCAUUAAAAAGUGAUUGAAUUUAUUUGUGGGAUAGAAUAGUAUACUGGACAAUGAAAACUGGAGAUUGUGGUUAAUGGGGGAAAUAGUAAUGUUUGGGAUUAUGGAUGAGUGUCAGGAAUUCUAAUGUAGGGACACAAAAUCAUUCAGCUUCGCCUCAACCUGGUGUUGCUAUCCUGUUGUCUCUCAAACUGAAUUGUAACAUAAAAAAAAUUGAUGGUACUAUUUUAGAGAUCCAUACAUGUUCUUUGGAAAUUGUAUCACUUAGCAGUACUGCAAGCUCAUAAUGAAAGUAAAGAUAAUAUGCUUAGUGAAAUUAAGCCACUUAUAAGAACAUGUAUAGAGGCAUUCUUUAAAAGACUUCUUGAAAUGUUUUUCUUACUCAGUGUUAAUUUAUUAUUACUUCUGUUAGCUUGGCUGUAAUUAGUAUUACAGCUAACAAUUUUGAAGAGUAAGUAUGGAAGUUGGAACAAAAUUCCUAAUAACCUGCACUGUUUACCAAAUUGUCCCUUAGGAUGAAUUUAUUAGCCAAAUACGUUGCACUACAUUUUGACUAAGUAAACUAUUAGAUAGAGAGCUAUCUGGAUUUUUCUAUUGGAUAUUUUUAAUGUUAACUUUUCAUCUGUAAAAUCCUUGUUAAGUUUAAAGAAUAGUGUUCUAUAAAUACCUGUGUUUCCACAAAUUAGUAGUAAUGGCCUUCAAUUUGAAAAAUGCACUUUUGGAGAGAAUAAAGUAUCUUUGAGCCAUUUUCUGAAAUGGAAGGAUAGGCAGGUUGGCUUUAAGGUGCUACACAUACGAUCUGUUCCCAUAAAAUGACAGGAAAUUAAGGGUUAAUUAAAUAUUCCAGGUUGUAUGUCACCCACAAACUGCUUCCAUUUUGUGUAAUCAACAGCUAAACAGACCAAUCAAAGGUUGUUGUUGCAUUUCAUGAGAACCUGGACACCUUGGUUUGUUCAUGGGUUAAACAACCCAAAGUUAACUUAACAACUAAUUGUACGUUAACUUUGGGUUGGUUUGCAUGUUAUACAACAGCCUGCAAUCUGGGUGAUAGGAGGUUGCAUAUGUAACGUGGAAAUGGGAUACAACCCCAGCAAACUGUAGGUUAAUUAACCCACUGUUGCUGCUGCUAUGUGCAAACCAUAUCAUGUAGCCCUUGACAUCUUGGUUUGCCUUGGUCAUUUUAAGGCUUUGAACACAGCAAAUGUUCAAAGAUGGUAAACACAGACUUCAGAUGGAGCUGUAUUAGCCAGUUAUGAGUGGUUUAUUUAAACAUGAAUUAAAUUUAAUGUGUAAGACAUUCACAAAUGGCUUGUUCAAAGCCAGCUUCAAAUUUAGUUUCCCAUUUUAGGGGAUGGAUGUACCCUAUUCUUACUUGUAAAUGUAAAUUAUGAUGUUUACACCCAACCGUAACUUGCUGUUCUAUGACCUUUGCCAGUUUGUGGUAGCUUUAUUCUGUUGUGCUUGGAAGUAGAGACAUCUACCAAAAAUGUGUGGCCUCAAAAAAUCCCAACAGAUGAAUCCAACAACCACCCUACAGCACCUGUUUCAAUGUGGUGGUUCAGCUGAUGAAAGCUGCAGGGAGUCAAUACAAUUGAAAUCAUUUGGAUUGACUUCUGGUUAUACAUGUAUAGGAUUAUGUUAUUAAAGAACAAUAACAGCAGUUCUAGAAAAGUAUGUGGCUGUGGGCCAAACCUGAGCAAGAAUUGUAGCAUUUGCUUACUGGGUGCAAGUGUAUAGUUAUCCAAUAUCCACAAGUGCCUUAAAAAGAAAAUAGUUCUAGCAGCUCCGUUGCUGAAAAAGGAUUUCUUCUCCUGUGUGGACUAUUUGUAGAACUUUGUUCCUCCUGUCUCUUUCUCUCUGUCUUGUGCAGCUUACAUGUCCAUCUCCUGCUCCAGCUGGAUUUCAGCAGGAGCUGCUUAUUUUUCUUGGGUACCACUAUGCCUGUUGAACAUGUGCCUUGAAAACAUACAAUGUGUUAAAUGAGUAGCCUAUUAAAAUGAGAAAUUCUGAUUCUUCUCUUUAAUUUUGGGGCAC